AUGGCAAUCUCCGGCAAGCAAAAGUGCCCUGGCGACUUCUUAGGGGUGAGCAAAAGGGGGGAUAAGCAGUACCAGAAACCAAAACUGAACAACCUUUGUGGUACGUCCUUGCCUAAAAGUAUCCGGUCUGAAGCCAACAAACUCAACAUCCUUUUCAACGGGAAACUUGGCGGCUCUGGCUUUGAGCUGCACUACAAUGUGUGUGACCUGGCGUCGGGGGACCAAGGGACCAUCCAGGAGCUUAACUACGCUCCCAACACCUUCUGUGAAUGGUGGCUCACUGCACCCGCUGGCUGCAAAAUCAUCCUCGAGUUCGUUUCUUUUGAUGUGGGUGUGGCUGGGGGUUCCAGUUCCCCAAAGUGCCCUGGGGAUUAUUUGGGGUUGAGUAGACGCGGGGACCAACUUUAUAAGAAGCCCAUGGCACGCCCUCUAUGUGGGACUUCAUUGCCCAGAAAAAUCAGAUCGGUUGCCAACAAACUCAACAUCCUUCUUAACGACAGAGACGGCGGCAAUGGUUUCCAGCUGAAGUACAAUUCUUUUAUUCUCCAUGAAUGA